AUGGAGCGUACCGUGCCCCGUCGAGUAUCUGCCCUAGGUGUUCCCUCCCCUACCUUGCCCGAGAUGUACCAUAGACAGUAUCCUACUUCCCGCUCUAAUCCUCCCUCUCCUCAAGAAGGGUCCUUUCCCAACGCGUCUCCGUGGUCAAGUCCACGGCUGACACCAGUUCCGACCCCGCCAGCGACACCGAUGCCGUUUCCGCCUCUUGUAUUUACCUCACCAGCUGGUACACUCUCUCAAGAAGGCGGACCAACAAUAUGUGGCAUGCCAUUGAAAUAUGUCUCUUUGGUCACCCUUGCGGUCCAGAAUGCUGCGUUGUCUAUCGUCAUGCACUACUCGCGUGUGUCCACGCCAGCAUCCGAAGCGUAUUCGCCGGCAUCCGCAGUCUUGCUCAACGAGCUGCUUAAGGGCACCAUCUCGUUUGUCAUAGCCUUCCUCAGGAUGGCAAGCGCAUCUGAUGCAUCAAAUCGCGGGUUUCUCGGCUGGUGGUCGUCGCUGCGGAGAUUGUGCAGAGAGAUCUUCAGUCCCGACUGCUGGAAGUUGUCAAUACCCGCCCUCCUUUAUGUUGUACAGAAUUCGCUGCAAUUCGUAGCUAUCGGCAACCUCCCCGUCGCGACUUUCCAGGUCACGUAUCAGAUGAAGAUUCUUACUACUGCUGCCUUUUCCGUCAUGCUCCUUCGUAAGAGGCUCAGUUCUACGAAGUGGAUGUCGCUUUUCUUUCUUGCUAUCGGUGUCGGCAUUGUUCAGAUCCAAUCGAGCAGCACUACCCAUAUUCCAGCCAGGCAAGAGAUGCCAGUGGGCAGUGCGCAUGAGUCAGCACCCCUCCAUAUACACAUCAUGAGCCCCCUCAAGGGCUUCGGUGCUGUCACAGCAGCAUGUUUCACAUCGGGCCUUGCUGGUGUUUACUUCGAGAUGGUCCUCAAGAACUCAAAAGCUGACCUCUGGGUACGCAACGUUCAGCUAUCAUUAUUCUCCCUCAUCCCUGCCAUUCUGCCCAUCUUCUGGGAGUCAUCACCUACGUAUUACCGCGAUGGUUUCUUUGCCAGUAUUCUGCACAAUUUUGGGGGCUGGGCAUGGGCGACGGUCGCGACCCAGGUCUUGGGAGGACUCAUCACUGCAAUUGUCAUCAAGUAUUCAGACAACAUUUUGAAGGGUUUUGCGACGAGUCUCUCUAUUGUCUUUUCCUUCCUGGCCUCCGUCGCACUUUUUGGCUUCCGGAUUACCCCCUCAUUCAUGAUUGGGUCGACCACCGUGCUGGUGGCAACGUGGAUGUAUAACCAACCACCGGGCAAGGAAUUGGUGACCAUCACUGGUGUCAUUCCCGUUAUACCUGGGAAAUCGGAUAGCGCGUUCACUCCCGCCAGUUCCACCGCACCCAUUAUUGGCCAAUUUUCGUCGCAUAAGAAGAAUGCCUCGCCCUUCGGUAGCCCUCGUGUUAUUGCGUCUGCGUUGGGUCUUGCUGAUGAGAAGGCGGAGGAUGGUCAGUUUGGCGUGAUGUUGGACACACAGCGUUAUCUGAGCGCACCCUAUGGAUCGCCCUACCCGUCCCGAACGCCGUCGCCGAUUCCGACGCCACCAUACCCCCGAUCGCAUAACGGUUCACAAACGAACUUGACGACCGGUCGCUGGCAAUGA